CCGUACCCCCGCUAGCCCCUCGUCCGCACACGCUGGUUCCACUCACCCGCUCAUCCCCCUUCACCGUCUGAUAUGACCCUCCUGUCCAAGUCUUCAUCCGCCAUGUCCAUCGACGACGUGCAGCCAGCGCACGAUGCGCCUGCUGUCAAGACUGCGCAUAGGAAGCUGGCGCGCACGUCGUCCUCGACGAUGUCCAUCGACCCCAGCCAAUCAUCGCAGGACUCUGCGAUGUCUGUCGAUGGAGAGUCGUUUUAUGGCGCGCCCAACAAACCGGCUCAAGAGGCUUUUGUGGCCCCUCCGCUGGCGCAGUCUGCGGCCUGCAAACCGGCGCAGUCUGCGGCCUCCAAGCCUGCGCGUUCUGUAGCCCCCACGGCGCCGCGAUCCGCGCCGACUCAAGCUGUUCGUCGCUUUGCUCCCAAGCCACGACGUGCGCAAGAUCAAGCCCGCCUCCGGCGCUUGGCGCGCGCAUCCAUGAGCGCGGGUUCUCCCAUCGCCAGACCUUAUCAAGUGCCCGAGAAGCAAGUGCAGCCUUCUCUUCCUACCUCUUCAAGGCGAGGACGCGCGCUCAAGCGCGAUGUGACUGAGGAGGAUCUUGAGGCGCGGGCGUUUCCAGGUGCUGGUUCCUCCACUCAGGUCCCUGUUUCCGGCGCCGAAGUGCAGCAGACCGAGUUUGAAAGAAGGCUCGGCGCCGUGGGAGGGCGCAGUGCCGAGCAGGAGGUCGUUCCCGAGAGCGGCGAAGUUGCCGCUGUAGACGAAGAGUCAGAUUACUCGUCAGAGUCAUCCGACUCCAGUUGGUUUGCUCGGGAGGACGUCAAGGGCCAGGCCUGCCAGUGAACGGAGCGGAUUUCGUUGAUGGACCUGAACGGACAGCGCAAUUGUGGGACGCUUGUAUACACACUCCUUUGAUGUUCUUCGGCGUGCUGUUCAGUUGUGUUAGCUUUAUUGAGGACGAUGGACCGGACUUACUGCGUUGUGUCACGGCUCCAGAGCAGGGUAACGUUCUAGAGGCGCUGAUAUCUCGCAGUCGUGCUUUUCGAGGAACAAUG